AUGACUCAAAACAUGUUACCAAGUAGCAAUGCUCAAACUCAACAAGUGCCCCAAACGUCGGUUUGGUGGGUUGAAAAAUCCCUGGAACCCCCGAGAGAAGAAGAUCAAUUGAUAUCAAUCGGCGACAAUCGAUGGGUAAGGCACGUUGACUGGCAAAGGUACCUACAGGACAAAGCUAGUGGCGUAAAAAAACCGCAGGGAACCAUAAGUCAGGCUGAACGGAGCAGCCCUUCUGCUGACGGGAGUAGUCAGCUUGAUAAGGUGUCAUCAAAUCAAAAUCAAGACCCUACCAUAGACUACUCUUGGGAUGAAGACCCUCCAAUGUUGAGCUACAAUCCACAAACUUAUGUCUCAGCAAACAAAAUUAUCCGGUGCCCCCCGACGAAAUUGAGCAAAAAAGCCAGAAGAAAGUUUAGAAAAGAAGAAACAGAAAGAUUUGCAAAAUUGUAG